GGAAUCCGGGCGGUCCAUCGUGUCUGCCGCGCAACGUAGGAGAGUAUAAAAGCCACCCGGUAGGCCGCUUUUUCCCAGGCUAGGAGUCUACCUUGUGUCAGGCCCUCAAGCUCCCGCCGAGCCAUCCUUCUGAUUCGCAGUCUACCAAGCAUUCACUCCUGCUAUUGGUCUGCCGGGCAUCUCGACCAUCUCUAUCGGGCGAGACAGGUACACUCUUAUCCCAGACUAUCCGACGCCCAACUAGCUUCUCUCCUGACCUCUUGACUUGUCUGCAUCCCCGCCUCCUCGGACGCAGCCUUUCUAUUUCUUCUCUCGCUUCCAAACACACCCCUUGGAGAGAUCGGCUCAUCGGAACGGCCGGCGGCAAGGGCGAAUCAUAUACAUCGAGUAGAUACCGACACAGAUUCCCGGAUUAUAUAGACCCUCUUGAGCUUUCGGGAUUUCCCAUCAUGUCGACGCCCGCAGAAAACCCAGCCCAGAAGCUGCUUAGCAGCGUCAAGGAUGAGCCCUCCCGCCAUCCUUCUCCCCAGCCCACGCAUUUCAGCGUCCCUCACCUGGCAAGGCUCAACGGCAAUGGGCACAGGGUUCUUAGGUCAGCCACUGUUGGCUAUGUGGCCCCUGAAUUUGGAGGGAGGGUGGAGCAAAUGGAAGAAGUGAAGAGGAUUAUCCUGGAGGCGGGCUGGAUUCCCGAAGCCGUCGUCGAAGCCCAGAUCACUUGGUUCUACAACGAACUGGGCAUCGACGAUGUCUACUUCCAGCUGGAGGACCCCAAGGUGGUUGCCAACCACAUCACUUCGCUAUAUGCAGCCAAGGUUGCCGCCUUCUCUAGGGAGGACAAGCGUGAGGAGAUUCGGCUUGAUAUGGAGGCGUCAGAUCACGCCAUCUACAUCGACACGAGCGAGCCUGGCCAGAGUGCCAUCGACGGCCCGCGCUACGAGACCCGCCUGGAGUCCAAGUACUUGGAUGGCAACGACACCAGCCGCCGGUUCCGUGUCGAGACAUUCCGCUCGCCGGGUGUUCUGGGCCAGAACGCUGCUAGUGGCGCGAGCCUGCGUUGCUACUUUGUCUACCAGUGCACAUUUGUCGACUCCAACGCCGAGCCGACCGAGACGCGGCUCGAGGUCAUCAGCGACCGCAUGUUCCUGGCCAAGGCUACCAAGAACACCAAGCAGAUCUACCAGGAGAUCAUCGAGCUUGCCGUGAACCGCACCGGUCCUGUCAUCGAGGUGUUUGACAUUGAAGACUCUCCCGAGAAGCGUCUUGUCGUUGCGUUCCGCUCGCGCACGGCGCACGGCAUGUUCAGCGCUCUCAGCGACCUCUACCACUACUACGGCGUCACAAGCUCGCGCAAGUACGUCGAGCAGUUCUCGAACGGCAUCACAGUCAUGAGUCUCUACCUCCGCCCGGCCCCCAACUCGGACGGCAAGUACCCGCCCAUCGAGCAGUCGAUUCACCAGAUCACCAAGGAGACGUCACUGCUGUACUGCAUCCCGCAGAACAAGCUGCAUAGCCUCUUCGCCACGGGCGAGCUGAGCCUACAGGAGGCAAUCUACGGCCACUCCGUAUGGGUCUUUGUGCAGCACUUCCUCAACCGGCUCGGCUCCGAGUACGCGUCCUUGUCAGAGGCGCUGAACCCUAAGAACAACGUGCACGCCGAGAUCCUCUCCAAGCUCAAGCGCCGCCUGCGCACCGAGACAUUCACGCCCGACUACAUUCUGGAAAUCAUCGCAUCCUACCCUGGCCUGGUCCGCGCCCUAUACGCAUCCUUCGCCAGUGUGCACCUGAGUGUCGGUCCCGGGUUCGAGCGUGACGCCAUCUCGCCCACGCCCACCGUCGAGGUGCUGACAGACGCCCGGCUCAAAGACCGCAUCACUAAGGAGGUGUCCAACGAGCACGAGGAGAUGGUCAUGACGGCGUUCCGCGUCUUCAACAAUGCCGUGCUCAAGACCAACUACUUCACGCCCACCAAGGUGGCUCUCAGUUUCCGGCUGGACGCGUCGUUCCUGCCCGAUAUUGAGUAUCCCAAGCCGCUGUACGGCAUGUUCCUCGUCAUCACGUCCGAGUCGCGUGGCUUCCACCUGCGCUUCAAGGACAUUGCCCGUGGAGGCAUCCGCAUUGUCAAGUCGCGCAGCAAGGAGGCCUACUCCAUCAACGCCCGGAACCUGUUUGACGAGAACUACGGACUCGCCAGCACGCAGCAGCGUAAGAACAAGGACAUCCCCGAGGGCGGCUCCAAGGGCGUCAUCCUGCUGGACCCUAAGCAGCAGGACCGGGCGCGUGAGGCAUUUGAGAAGUACAUCGACAGUAUCCUGGACCUGUUGCUCCCGGCUGAGACGCCCGGCAUCAAGAACCCCAUUGUGGAUCUCUACGGCAAGCCCGAGAUCCUCUUCCUGGGUCCCGACGAGAACACAGCCGACCUGGUGGACUGGGCCACUGGCCAUGCCCGGGCCCGCGGGGCGCCUUGGUGGAAGUCCUUCUUCACGGGCAAGUCCCCCAAGCUCGGUGGCAUCCCUCACGACUCUUACGGCAUGACGACGCUGUCGGUGCGCGAGUAUGUCAAGGGCGUCUAUCGGAAGCUGGAGCUCGACCCAUCGACGGUCAGGAAGAUGCAGACGGGCGGCCCAGACGGCGACCUUGGCAGCAACGAGAUUCUCCUGUCCAACGAGAAGUACACGUCCGUGGUCGACGGGUCGGGCGUGCUCUGCGACCCCAACGGCAUCGACAUCGACGAGCUGCGGAGGCUGGCACGUGCGCGUGUCAUGAUCUCACACUUUGACAUGUCCAAGCUCAGCCCCGAGGGCUUCCGGGUUCUCUGUGACGACACCAACGUCACGCUGCCCAACGGCCAGACCAUCUCCAACGGUACUGCGUUCCGCAACACAUACCACCUGCUCGACACGGGUCUGACCGACAUGUUUGUGCCAUGCGGUGGCCGGCCCGAGUCGAUCGAUCUGGUGUCGGUGGGCCGCCUUAUCAAGGACGGCAAGUCGGUGAUCCCGUACAUGGUCGAGGGCGCCAACCUCUUCAUCACGCAGGACGCCAAGCUCCGGCUCGAGGCGGCCGGCUGCGUUCUGAUCAAGGACGCCAGUGCCAACAAGGGUGGAGUGACAUCGUCGUCGCUCGAGGUUCUGGCCUCGCUCAGCUUCGACGACGAGGGCUUCGUUAAGCACAUGUGCCACGACUCGGCCGGAAACGCGCCUGAGUUCUACAAGCAGUACGUCAAGGAGGUACAGGCCAAGAUCUGCGACAACGCCCGGCUCGAGUUCGAGGCCAUCUGGCGCGAGCACGAGCAGACGGGCAUCCAGCGGUCGAUCCUGUCAGACAAGCUGUCGGUGGCCAUCACGACGCUGGACGAGGAGCUGCAGCACUCGGAGCUGUGGACUAACGACAAGAUCCGCACGAGCGUCCUCCUCGACGCGCUUCCCAAGCUGCUGCUGGACAAGAUAGGGCUCGACACCAUUGUCGAGAGGGUGCCCGACAAGUACCUGCGCGCCAUCUUUGGCAGCUACCUGGCGAGCCGCUUCGUCUACGAGUUUGGCUCAUCUCCGAGCCAGUUUUCCUUCUACGACUUCAUGUCGAGGAGAAUGGCUAAGCUGCAGUAGCCGCCCUGGGGGUAGUUCUUUGCUUUUGUUGAUUUGACUGAGCGGCUUCAAGCAACGGCAUGAUUUGCACAAAGUUUUUAAUUCUCGAGGAAGUUUCUCGCAUGUCUUUUUUCUCACUUAUUUUUUUGCUGUUGCUACAUGCUUCACAUUUGCGGGGUUUGCUCUUCUAUGGGAAAGAUUGUCAAUCUCUGGCUGAGGUUUGAAGAAAAAAAAAGGCGAUGGGUCGCAGAGUUGAAAAGGGCAUUAUAGAUAUCAAAAGAACCAGAGCGUGUUUGCUCGUGGAAUUCAGAAACCGCAACAACCCAAGACAUCCAUCAGCUGUCAUCCACUAC